AUGAAGCUGUGGAUUUUUAUUCUACAUUCAGUUGUGAUCGCAUCUGAUCCUUUCCAGUCACAGUCUCCUUUUUCUUCGGUCAGAGGAUCUUGCCAGAGGUUGUGUUCCUGUGAAGAAAAGGAUGAUACCAUGGUUAUAAACUGUGAAGAAAGAGGUAUCAAGUUGGUAUCAGAAAUAAAUGUCCCACCGUCACGGCCUUUCCAUCUUAAUCUGCUAAACAAUGGCUUGACUAUGUUACAUGUCAAUGAUUUUGCUGGCCUUGUCAAUGCUAUCUCUUUACAUCUUGGUUUCAACAAUAUUGCAGAUAUUGAUCCUGGGGCUUUCAAUGGUCUCAGCCUUCUAAAGCAACUUCAUAUCAAUCACAAUUCUUUAGAAACACUUAAAGAAGAUACGUUUAAUGGAUUGGAAAAUUUGGAGUUUCUUCAAGCAGACAACAAUUUCAUCACAGUGAUUGAAGCAAGUGCCUUUAGCAAGCUCAACAGGCUUAAAGUGCUUAUUUUGAAUGACAAUGCCAUUGAGUAUCUUCCUCCAAACAUAUUUCGCUUUGUGCCACUGACCCAUUUAGAUCUUCGUGGAAACCAGUUACAGACACUGCCUUACGUUGGGUUUUUGGAACACAUUGGUAGAAUACUAGACCUUCAGUUGGAAGACAAUAAGUGGGCCUGUAACUGUGAUUUGCUGCAGCUGAAAAUAUGGCUAGAAAACAUGCCUCCUCAGUCAAUAAUAGGUGAUGUCGUAUGCAAUAGUCCUCCAGUUAUCAAAGGCAGCAUCUUAAGCCGGUUGAAAGAAGAAUCACUUUGUCCCACGCAUCCUGUCAACGAACUUGAAGAUCCUUCAGGGUCUCUGCCCUUGGUUGUAACCACCUCUGUCAGUGAAAGUCACCUAUCAACUAAGGUGAUUCCUAUCCUGAAAGCUCCAACUAAAGAACCAAGUUUAGUGCUUCAUACUUCAAAGCCUACUACUCAGUUUCCAGGAAUCUAUUGUCCCAUCCCCUGUCACUGCACCAGCUAUAUGCUCUCAGGAGUUCUCAUGCACUGCCAGGAGAGAAACAUUGAAAGCUUGUCUGACUUAGGACCCCCUCCUCCAAAUCCUAAAAAGCUUAUUCUAGCUGGAAACAUUAUUCAGAUGUUACUGAAAUCAGAUCUUGUGGACUAUGCCACCUUGGAAAUGCUUCACUUGGGGAACAAUCGUAUUGAACUCCUUGAGGAAAGAUCCUUUAUGAAUCUGACCAGACUGCAGAAAUUAUAUCUCAAUGGUAAUCAUCUUACAAAGAUAAGUCAGAAUCUCUUUCUUGGUCUUCAGCACCUUGAGUACUUGUACCUUGAAUAUAAUGCAAUCAAGGAGAUCUUGCCAGGAACAUUUAAUGCGAUGCCAAAACUUAAGGUCCUUUACUUAAAUAACAACCUUCUGCAGACUUUGCCACCUCACAUCUUUUCAGGUGUUCCACUUGCCAGAUUAAAUCUGAAAACAAAUCAAUUUGCUCAUUUGCCUGUGAGCACUAUCUUAGAUGAACUGCAUAUGCUGGUACAAAUUGAACUUGAAGACAACCCGUGGGACUGUACUUGUGAUUCAGUUGGGCUUCAAAAAUGGAUACAAAAACUGAGUAAGAAUACAAUGAUGGGUAAUAUUUUUUGCAAAUCUCCAGGACACCUAGCCAAAAAGGAACUGAAAUCCCUUAAUAGUGAAGUCUUGUGUCCAGGUCUAAUAAACAGCCCUGCCCUACCAACACGUGCCAGUUCUGUAGUUGUGACAACUUCGUCUACCACUACCAACACUGCAGACACCAUCCUCUGGUCCCUUACAGAUGCUAUCCCACUUUCUGUUCUAAUAUUAGGACUUCUAGUUGUCUUUAUAACUAUCGUAUUUUGUGCUGCAGGAAUAGUUGUUCUUGUUCUGCAUCGGCGGCGAAGGUGCAAAAAGAAACAGGUGGAUGAACAAAUGAGGGAUAAUAGCCCAGUUCACCUGCAGUACAGCAUGUAUGGGCGCAAGACAACACACCACACAACAGAGCGCCCAGCUGCAGGGCUCUACGAGCAGCAUAUGGUUACUCCCAUGGUUCAGGUCUACCACAGCCCAUCCUUCAGCCCCAAGCAUACUGAACAACAGGAGGAGGGAAGCGAGAAGGAAGCUAACGAUUGCAAACAUCUCUGCCGAAGUCUCCUGGAAAGAGAGAACAGCUCACCUCUCAUGGGUUCAAAUGUCAAAUAUAAAGCUACAGAUCAGUCUGCUGAAUUCCUGUGUUUUCAGGAUGCCAGCUGCUUGUAUAGAAACAUUCUUGAAAAAGAGAGAGAACUGCAGCAGCUAGGGAUCACGGAAUACCUAAGGAAAAAUAUUGUUCAGCUCCAACCUGAUAUGGAUGUCUGUUAUCCUGGAACGCAUGAGGAGCUGAAGCUGAUGGAGACACUCAUGUACUCCAGGCCAAGAAAGGUUUUUCUAGAACAAACUAAGAAUGAGUAUUUUGAACUCAAAGCUAAUUUACAUGCUGAGCCUGACUACCUGGAAGUCUUGGAGCAGCAGACGUGAAGUGAUAGUGUGUUGGGCUGGGUCCAAAUUUCUGUAAUUCUAUUUUAAGUGGGAACUGUUGGAAAUAAAAGUGCCUUCUUGUAACAUGUCAACAGUCAGAACGUAAGCACAGCAGUAAUCCUAGUGAAAAAAACCAACCUCAGGGAUAACUGUGGGAAGCCAUGGAGUUGUGUGUAGGCAGUAUGUCUCAUUCCAAGUUGAACGUGAACUUUGUGAGACUGAACUGUAUGUGGAAGAUUGCUUAUUGCUGUAUUCCUAACUGUGGGGAGCCAUGGAGUUGUGUGUAAGCAAUAUGUCUCAUCUCGAGUUGAUCAUGAACUUUAUGUGAUUGAACUGUACGUGGAAGAUUGCUUAUUUCUAACUGUGGGAAGCGAUGGAGUUGUGUGCAGGCAAUAUGUCUCAUCCCAAGCUGAACGUGAACUUUGUGUGAUUGAACUGUAUGUGGAAGAUUGCUUAUUGCUCUGUUCCUAACUGUGGGGAGCCAUGGAGUUGUGUGCAGGCAAUAUGUCUCAUCCUGAGUUGAUCAUGAACUUUGUGUGACUGAACUGUAUGUGGAAGAUUGUUUUUUGCUCUGUUCCUCAACAUUUCUGAAAGUUGUGCAUGGCACUCUCCAUUUUGUAUGCAACCUAUGAGAAAGUAUUUCUUACCUUUUCUGUUCUGGUUUGCUUGCUUCUUUUCCCCCCCCCUGUUUUCAUCAGGUUUAAUUAGAUUCUUUAUCUUGUUUUAAGAAACAAAACCAAAAGAGGCAAACAAAAAAACCCCACAAAAACCAAAACACACCUGUGUUUGCAGUUACAAGGCUAGGGUGGAUUGGUUAGGUUAGUAUAAGCACUGCAUACAUGUCCAUUGUCUACAACCACACCUAACAUACUCUGGCAGUAAAUACGAAAGGAGUUGAAGUAUCGUCAUAAUAAAUGCCAGUUAGAAUAUUCUGGUAGUAAAUGUGGAAGGAGUUGAAAUAUUAAAUGCCAGUUAAAUAUACCCCACAAAUUGACAACAAUAGCAACAAAAAAACAACACACAGACAAAAAUAUUUCUGUGUAUGUACCCAGAGCCUGCAGAUGUUUAAGUGUUUUAUGCAGAAUGUCAUACAGUAUUGGUAUGUAGAAGAAGAAAUACAUAACUGUGUUUACCCAUCCACUCCAACCAAUAAAAAAAGCAAGUCUUUUGCUGCUUGCCCUAUUUGAUAGCUUUACUUAAGUUUGGACAAUCAUUUCUUGAGCUGCUGCUAGAAAAUCUCGUGCAUCACUGGUGUCUCAACUCAUAAACCUGGGCAAUUUGAAAAUUCUACUGAGAAUCAGCUGUAAAUAUAUUACUGUGUCUAAUAAGUUCAAAUUUUAUAUAUAUAUAUAUAUAAAACCAGCUUCUGGUUUUCCUUUAUUCUUGGAGGAAUUUAGUUUGCUGUGGUUAGGAAAUUCCAAGUGCAAAUACAGAUUCUGUCUCACAUCCUACCCAAAAGGAGCUCCCAGACAUGAUAACUACAACAAUGUAUACACCUGAGAAAGAAGAAUAGUAUUUAGAUAAUUGUACAAACCCAAAAUAUGUUCUAUUUUAUGAAAUUAGAUGAAAAAUAAAGUGUUGUGGAAAAAAAAUAGGUUAAAAGAUAGUAGAAAGCUGAAUGUUUAUUUUUGCAAUGAAUUGUUGCUAGAUUUAUAUUUACUAUUUAUUAUGUGUAUUUUUUUUUGUUUGUUUAACUCAUGAAAAAAAAAAAAAAAAAAGCUUAUUCCUGGCUGCCUUUCAAGCAAAUCAAGAAACUACUCUCUACCUGUGGAAGGAGGAAAAAAAAAAAGAAAGAUUAAAAAAAAAAUUAGUUUUUAAAAGGUCUUUUUCUUAAAGGUCACUUUUGAAUGGAGGAAACAAUUCCUGCAUGCACAAGUUUGGAACUGUUUGGAAAUUAAACACAGUGCUUCUCACUCUUGUCAUAUGGACAGAAGUAACUCUCCCAGUAAAACCCCUCAGUUUCUGUGCAUGACUUGACAUGCUGCCAAAACACAAAUUCUGACCUGCUUUUAUCUUCCUCUAAGCAAAUCUUUUGUAAACUGACUAUGCAUGACUUUUUCUUCCUCCCCCCCCCCCCCUCCAAUUUCUAUUUGUAGAGUAAAGGAUCAUCUUAAUUACUCCAUGUCUACAUAUGUAUGUUAAACUGAACAACUGAACACUUGAUAAAAUGAAAGUAAAAAGAAACCUUCUUUAGUUUGGUAUGCUGUUGAUGUUUUACCUAUUUGUAUAUACAAAUGUGAGCUCUUCCUGUUCUUUGUACAUAUGUUGCUGAAAGAAAAUUUGACUAUGCUACCUGUGAAA